AUGCAUAAACUCGCCAUUUACUUGGCCGCAUCGCUGCUAGGGUUGACUGCCGCUUAUCGCGAAUGUGCCGACGCGAAAGACGUCAUCGCCAAGCUCCACCUCGAGCCAAACCUAGAGAAGGGCUACUUUCGACAAACCUUUCAAGAUGCCAGUACCAUCGGCAAUCGCUCAUACUCAACCGCCAUCUACUAUCUACUCGAAGGCGAGUCCGGUCCAUCUUACUGGCAUCGCGUUACCGAUGCUGUCGAGAUAUGGCACUUUUACGCUGGCGCCCCUCUCACGCUGGAGCUAUCGUGGAACAACGGCACUGCGACUCAAGAGCAGAUUCUAGGUAGCGACAUCUUCAGGGACCAGGCUCCGCAAGUCAUCAUCGCAGAAGGCCAGUGGCAGCGGGCGACUAGUCUAGGCAACUGGACGCUGGUAGGCACGACGGUCGCACCUGGCUUUUCGUUCGAUGGCUACGAGUUGCCGGGACCAGAGUUCACGCCAGACGACGGUCAUGGAUCCCACAGUCUGUAG